GGAGAAUUAAGAAAUUUGCAAAUAAGACCCAUGAACAGGAUUGAUAAAUCAAUUGUAGUUCCAUGUCAUGAAUAUGGCUUGGAACAUACUCUUAAUAAUCCCUGAUGUCCAUGUGGCCAAGAAUCUAAUGCUGAGAGUGCUUCUAGUGAUUCCAAGAAAGUGCAGCAGGCUAAUGUGAGAGAUCUAUAUUUCCAGAUAAAAUUUAAGAAUGGGUGCUUUAAAGUUUGCAAUAAAGAUACGAAGAUAUUAUCUAAAUGAGUAAUUCGUGAACCACAAGUGAAAUGUCUCCUUGUCAAUGCAGACUCGACUCGGCCUGCCAAGGAUCACUCCAAGAAGACGAUGUGGCAUCCAAUAGCUAUUCGAAGGAAUACAAAGAAGGUUCAUCUGCAAGAAGAAUUUGGUGGCCAAAAAUAUCAUACGAAAUCUCAAUGAAACCGUCAAAAUAAGCAGAAUAAGUACUCUCAGUGAUAUAACAUCGUUAAAGAACUUGAAGAUCUGGUUGAAGCUGAACUUGAGAUUGAGGAGAUUUUGAUGAAUUGUACAGCCAAAGAAGGGUUUUCAGCAGCAAGUUACUUAAUCGACAGACCUCCUAAUCCAAUUAUUAACGACCAGGUAUUUCUUGGCUGCCAGAACAGUUAUGAAUCCAUCAAAUAUACCUCUCCACACCUCCACCCCAACAAAAUCCCCACAUUCAGCACUAAGAAUCACGAUCUCGAUCGACAAAAGCAGACCUUUUCCGAACACCUAGCCUCCCACCAAUAACCCCAGGGCUUAAUUACCCCUACAAAUUCCAGGUACCCCUCUACUUUACUCUCAAUAAUCCUAAAUAGAGACAUCUCAGCCAUUGGGACCCCCUUUAGCUUAUAAUAUGACUAAAUUUGGAAUAAAUCUGUUGGGAGCAGGAAUAGAUAGAUCAAAGUUUCGGAGUCUUCUUCUGUGUGGGCUUAGGUGUAUAGGUAUUGUUUAGAGCACUUAAGUGAAGUAUAUGGGUGGGCUAUGGUACGCAUUAGCAUACAAAACUGUGGGAUUGGGAUCUGAAGCGUAUCUAAGAAUACCUAGUAUCACAUUGCUAAAACAUCAUUUUCAAAACACAAUUAAAAUCC